GGACCAUGGACACACUUGAGGGUGACAGCAGAAGUGUAUCAGUACAAAAAUGAAUUAUUGAUCACAGCACAAAAUACAAAUUAAUUAAGGAAUAAGAUAAAACGUAUGUUAUUGUUCUGCACAGAAUAUAUAUUUAGCCAUCUAAAGGAAAAGAGUCAGAGAUACGAUUUGUGACGAGGAACAGACUUUAUGUGUUGUAUGAUUCGGAUCAUUUUACGCAAAGACGAUAACUGAAGGAUGUUGAAAGCGGUGAUACUUAUUGGGGGGGCUCAAAAAGGAACCAGGUUCCGGCCUCUGUCAUUCGAGGUUCCCAAACCGCUCUUCCCGGUGGCGGGGGUUCCAAUGCUACAGCAUCAUAUAGAAGCUUGCGCGAGGGUACCGGAUAUGAAGGAAAUCAUUCUGAUCGGCUUUUAUCAACCCAACGAGGAGUUGAACCGCUUUUUAACCGCGGCCCAGCAGGAGUUCAAAAUCCCACUCAGGUACCUGCAGGAGUUUGCUGCUCUGGGCACUGGGGGCGGAAUCUAUCACUUCCGAGACCAGAUCCUGUCCGGAGGCCCCGCGGCGUUCUUCCUUAUGAACGCGGACGUAUGUUCGGAGUUUCCACUGGAGGACAUGCUUCGAUUCCACCGCCAGCACGGCGACUCUCACUGCGGAAUUAUCCUCGGCACCACGGCCAACAGAAAACAGUCUCUCAACUAUGGCUGCAUCGUAGAAAACCAGCACACGAGCGAGGUGCUCCAUUUCGUCGAGAAGCCCAGCACUUUCGUGAGUGACGUUAUCAACUGUGGGAUCUACCUGUUCACUCCUGCGAUUUUCGGACAUAUCGGAGAGGUGUUCCAGAGGAACCAGCAGGAGAAGCUACAAGAGGAGUCACCCGGGGUCAGGCAGAGGGCAGAGGUCAUCCGGCUGGAGCAGGACAUCUUCACAGGGCUGGCAGGACAAGGGCAACUGUACGUCUACAAAACACAACAUUUCUGGAGCCAGAUCAAAUCUGCAGGGUCAGCGAUAUACGCCAGUCGCUUGUACCUAAACCAGUAUCACCAGACCCACCCAGAGAGACUUGCCACGAAUCAAGAUGGAGGUCCAAAGAUAAGCGGGAAUGUGUAUAUCCACCCAACGGCGAGCAUAGACCCCACUGCUGUGCUGGGUCCAAACGUGUCCAUAGGGAAAGGAGUGACGAUCGGAGCUGGUGUGCGAUUGAGAGAGUCCAUUGUCUUACACGGGGCUGUGCUACAGGAUCACUGCUGUGUAUUGAACAGUAUCGUGGGAUGGGACAGUACAAUAGGAAAAUGGGCAAGAGUUGAGGGGACCCCCAGCGACCCCAAUCCAAAUGACCCCUACGCCAAAAUCGACAGCGAAACGUUGUUCAGAGACGGGGGCUUGACACCCUCCAUCACCAUCCUGGGUUGCAACGUAAACAUUCCGGCUGAAGUCAUAAUCCGCAACUCCAUCGUUUUGCCUCACAAAGACCUGAACAGAAGCUUCAAAAACCAAAUUAUCCUCUAGAAAAUUGGUACAACUCUAACAGGAGACAAACAAAAAAGAAAAAAAAAAAAAGAGAAGACAAAAUGUCACUUCAGGAGUGAAUAAUGAUUUGUGAGAGAACUUGGGAUGUUAAAAAAAUUCUCAUUUCUUAGGUCAGACGAAGGCUCUGUCAGACUAGGGCUGGAAUUGCAGAUGACAUUUAAUCUUUUAGUCAUAGAAGAAAAAUUAGAUUUUUCUAGAAUGUACUUCUCAAGGAGUACGGUCCUCUUUACAUUGGUAAAAUUGCACUGACGAAUGUGUAAAUGACCAUUUCAAGUGCCCCGGCGUGAUUGCCGGUUUUCUAACUCAAGUGCCUUGUCAUAAACACUCAAGUUAAUCGUCAAAAAGCUGUUUCAAGUUUCAACAUUUAC